CGUUCAGUGGGGGCGAUAGAGGGCUAUUUUUUCCACACAGGAAGAAGAAGAAGAAGAAGAAGGGUCCCACUUUGAAAUGUUGUGUCAUGUGUUGAAGAAGUGAAUUUGUCACUUAAAGAGUUUUCUGAAGCUCUCUAAUAAAAUAGGAAUCAAUCAACCGUUAGAUUUACCGCAAACCUUCGUGUUUACGCUGAAGUUUAAAGCGGGCUCGUGCUGUUUGUGGAUGGCUGUAGUUAGCUUACUUUAGCUAACAGUGAUGUCCUCGUCGUGGACAGAGCGCCAGGGAGAGGUGGGAGACCUGGGACACCUGAGUAAAGAAGAACUACAGGAACUGCUACUCCGACAAGAAGGGAUCCUCAGUAACAAGAAGUUAUUGCAGACGCUACCUGACAAAGGGAAAAAGAUAAAAGACUUUGCAGAUAAAGUGCGUCUUGCCAUUGAUGACCACAGUGAGGAGGAGAGGAGACGAAGCCUAGUGUCUGUUGCGAGGACAGAGUUACAGUCCAAGUACCAGCAGGCUUUUGCUCACCGGCGUGCUGCCUCCAUCACACCAGCAGCCUCGCAUCAAAACAGGCAACAUGACGCUGCUGCAGGUGAUGCUGCACAGGAGAGCGAGACCUCACCUGCCACAGCUCAAGUGCAAGAAAACCACACUUUGGACGAGCAACGAGAGCCAUUUGUCUCCGGAGCGACUGCUGUGGAAACCAUGGAAACGGUGGCUCGUGGGGCCUCUCUGAACUCUGAUGAAACAAAAGAGGGUGACCUUGUGGAGGCCCUGGAAAGGGUCACGCUGUCUGGAACUACUACUGGUGGCAGCAGCGUAUCCAAAGAGCCAUUAAACAGCAGUGCAAGAGACAAUUACUUUCUCAGAAAGCAACCACCAAAGAAGCCUCACUAUAUAACUGUCCUGGAAAAAACAGAGAAGUCUGCAGCUCCCAGGAAGCAAAAAUUUAAACCAAAUCAGCUGCCUCAUAGAAGUGACAUCUCUCCAUCAGGAUCCUCGUCACCCAGUCAGUCCUCUGAAGGCUCAUUGCCGCUGUCUGUGCAAGCCAGGAGGGAGCGGGACAGAAAACACCUGGAUGACAUCACUGCUGCCAGACUCCCCCCUCUCCAUCACAAUCCAGCCCAGCUCCUAUCUCUGGAGGAGUCAGCUGCACUGCUGAAGAAGCAAACCAAGAAGCAGCUGGAGUUGCAGGCCAAGCUGGCAGCCCAGAAACUGUCUGAAGGAUUGAAGAUCUCUAUGGGGAGCUACACUCCUGACGGUGGCCCCAUGGCUACCUACAGAGAGGUUCACGAUGAAGGAGCACAGCUCUCCUCAGAGGAAGACUGAUCCUGGAGGGCCAGCUGGGGAAACCAGUGUGACCUUGGCCCUGAGGGAAAGAGGCUUUGGACCUUGUGAUCAGGACCCAUCAGACAGGAUUUUCACUCCAAGGGCAACAAUUCUUCAGAGAGGAAAAGGGUCUUUUGCAUGGUGUGAAGGAAUAGUCGGUAUCCCAGACUCAGCUCAGGAAAUUGAAUGACAGGUUGAGAAACUAGCUUACUUAAUUGUCAUUCAGUCUGUAGUGGGUUCAGUUGUUUCAGCGUCCUGCAGGAAUAACAACACCUUCCGCUGACUACGACGCUUAAGUGCUAAAUUUGAAACAUGUGUCAUGUGGGAAAGUGUUUCUUGUCAGCAUGCUUAGACUGAUGACAUCAUGGCUUUCAGAUCCUGGGAGUGCUGAGGUUUCUGUUUUUAGUGUUUUUAAUAAUUCAAUUCACUUAAAGCUCAUCAGCGGUGACUGUUUACAGCUUUGUGGAGAAGCAGACGUGAGCCUGCAAAUAGUUAUGCCAAACUUCAAUGUUACAGAAUGUGUAACAUGAACAAAUAAAUCAUGUGAUUUCCUAAA